AAAUGAUCAUGGACAAUUAGGAAAAGUAAAUGCAGAAAUAAAUGAUCAAAAUGAAAAUAAAGAAAUUAAAGAAAAUGAAAGUGGCUAUAUUCAUAAUCCCGUUCCAUUAUAUUAUCUUCCACAAUAUGUUUUAUUUCCUAAAUCUUCGAAAAUUCAAAGUUGUGCUUGCGGAUCAGAACAUUCUUUGGUUAUAUCGACAUCCAAUGAGUGUUUUUCUUGGGGAUGGAAUGAACAUGGAAAUUGUGGCAUAGGUAAUAAUAUUGAUCAAUGGACGCCGGUAAAAAUUAAUUUAUCAAAUAAGCAUAUAAUUGUUAAAAAAAUUGCUACCG